AUGACAAUGUGUCCUAUCAAAUCUGUCUCACAGAUGAACCAUGAAGAGAUAAAUACAGAAGACAAUGAUUCCACAGUGAAGCAGUUUGUCCUGCUGGGAUUCUCUGACCUUCCAAACCUCCAAGGAUUCCUCUCUGUGAUGUUCUCCAUCAUUUACAUAAUUAUCCUAUUUGGAAACAGCCUCAUAAUCAUAACAACAAGAGCUGAUCCUGCACUGCAGAAACCCAUGUAUUUUUUUCUGGCAAAUUUUUCUUCCCUGGAAAUCUGUUAUGUAUCUGUCACUCUCCCCAGGAUUCUGUUCAGUAUUUGGACUCAGAAUAGAAGCAUAUCUCUUCUGGACUGUGCUACCCAACUGUGUUUCUUUCUUAUACUAGGAACAACUGAAUGUUUCCUCCUGGCUGUGAUGGCCUAUGACCGCUACAUGGCCAUCUGUAACCCUCUGCACUAUCCUCUCAUCAUGAACCCAAAGAAGUGCAUCCAGCUCACAACUGGAUCCUGGCUCAGUGGAAUCCCAGUCCAGAUAGGACAAACAUGUCAAAUAUUCUCUCUGCAUUUUUGUAAGUGUAAUCAAAUUAGCCACUUCUUCUGUGACAUACCUCCCAUUAUCAAGCUAGCCUGUGGGGAUACUUCCGACCAUGAGCUGUCUGUGUAUAUAGUAGUUACGUUUGUUGCAGCAGCUCCCUUUAUGCUGAUACUUGCCUCAUACAGCAAAAUCAUUUCCGCCAUUCUGAGGUUGCCAACAGUCACAGGACGUGCUAAAGCAUUCUCCACAUGUUCUUCCCACCUGCUGGCUGUGGUUUUAUUUUAUGGAUCUGCAUCCCUUACCUAUUUAAGGCCAAAAUCAGAUCAUUCUGCUGCAAUGGACAGAUUACUGUCUCUUUUCUACACCAUCGUGACUAUGUUCAAUCCAAUCAUAUACAGUCUUAGGAACAAGGAAGUGAUUGCUGCAGUGAGAAAAUUAUUACUUAAAACAAUGAGACAUAGGUUUACUUGA